AUGCCGGACGCGUUUUUCCAGAAGAAGCGCAAGCGCACGUCGUCUUCCAACAACAACACUUCGGGUUCCAGUCGAGCAGGUCCAUCACGUACCACGCCGUCGACGCGCAACGCCACCCGAAAAGCCACCGCCAAAGAUGACAGCUCGGACGACGACGUCCCCGGAGGUGGCAUUGACGAUAUGGACCUCGUCCACCGCUACGACCACGAUGCCAACAGCGACGACGAAGCGGACGCCGCAGAGACUCCCGCCGAGGCACGCGUCAGACUAGCAAAAAUGUACCUCGAUGGUCUGUCGUCGUCGACCAACGCGGCUCCACCAGCAUCAGGCGUAGAGGAAGACGAUGAUUUCUUUGAAUCCGACGACACUCGCGCGUUCGGAUUGGCCGAUGCAGCUCAGGCGGACAGAGACAACAUCGCCGCGAGGCUGCAGAAGGAUGUGGCUCAACAAACCGGCAAGCUGCAUCUGUUCGUAGCGGAUCGAAUCGUUCUACCGACCAGCAGCACCACCGACGACCUAGAGUCACCGAUCGACGAGCGUAACCAACCCACGAUACUCGCUGUUAGAGGACACAGAUUGAGCGUCACGUGUGCGAUCGCCUCGUCAGAUGCAAAGUGGUUAUUUACCGCUAGCAAAGAUGGUAGUAUCAUUCGCUAUCGUCUACGCGACGGCAAGAUGAUGCGCAUCCUACCCAGCCGGCCCUCUCGUUUCGACGAGUCCGGUCCGGCUCUGCCACCUUCCUGCAAGAGAAAAAGCAAGACCUCCGGUGCUGCUCGGCGUCGUGCGCGUCUCUCAUCCUCGUCGGCCUCGGACGAAUCGGCAUGCUACCUCAGUCUGCGUCCCGACCAAGGUCACACGGACGAAGUAUGGACACUCUCGCUCUCGUCUGAUGGACAGUAUCUUGCAUCUGGAGGUGUGGAUCGUUCGGUCUGCAUCUGGUCGCUCACCCCGACCGAAAGCUUUGUCUCGCAUCUCUCUGGGCACAAGGAUUCCAUCAGCUCGCUCUGCUUCCGUUCCACAUCUCACGAGCUAUACACCGCAUCGCUCGAUCGAACUCUGAAGCUGUACGACGUCUCGCAGCUCUCGUACAUCGAAACGCUGUUCGGACACCAAGAAUCUGUACUGUCACUCUCGUGCUUGUCGGCGGAAACCGCGGUGAGCGCCGGCGGCCGAGAUCGGACGUGUCGCUACUGGAAGAUCCGCGACGAAUCGCAGCUCGUCUUCCGCGCGGGCAUCCGGUCCAAGCUACGAACCGUACUGGAAGGAGGCGACCUGGCACCAUCGUCGUCAUCACUCACUAAUCCAACCGAGGCCAUGGAGGGAUCGGUGGAAGUGGUCAGCAUGAUUGACACGCACCACUUUGUAUCUGGCGGAGACAGCGGAUGCAUCUCGCUAUGGAAUCUGGCCAAGAAAAAGCCUAUUUUCAGCCAGCCCAUUGCGCACGGCCUCGAAAGCACGCACAGCGAAAGCGAGGGCGAAAUUCGAUCGCCCAGAUGGAUCACCAGUCUCGGCGUACUACCGUAUAGCGAUUGCUUCGUCAGUGGAUCCUGGGACGGUUGGAUUCGCGUCUGGGGUCUCACCAAAGGUGCUGCAGGCUUGAAAGGCUUCCGCGAGUUGGGCAAGAUCAAAGCCUCGGGCGUGGUCAACUCGCUGCAGAUCAUCCAGGCGCCCAUCUCAAGUGUCGUGCUUACCGCCAACAACACGCUGCACACCACAGCAAUCCAACCGGCCGAAUACAAGCGAUCCACAUCCACUUGCACAUCCAAUUCGCAAUACGAGCACCACGAAUAUUUCAGCUUGUCUCGUCUACAGGCAUCCAAGCACAACUCUCCGCCCAUCAUCAUCGCCGCCCUCGGCAAGGAGCACAAGUUCGGCAGAUGGUUCCAUACCAAACACGCCAGCAACCAGACGCUCGUUGUUCCCUUGGCGUUGCGUUUAGCUAGCGAGCCCUAG